UUAGAAUAAGUUAUUAUUUGAAUCCGAAUCCGUUAUUUAUAUAACACAAUUAUAACACAAAUGCAAUUCAAAGUGCUUUACAAAAGCAUAACUAUACAGAACAAAUACAACUGAAAAUACGACAGGUCAGCAAAAGCAGCCGACAGAGGAUGCUAGUGGAUGCUUUUCUUCCCAACACGUGACGAGGGAGUCGGCAGGGACUCCCAGUGUGGAUAGCAGCACUGCUUGACUACACACCAGUUAACCACAACCUACUUGACCACUGAAGGUUUCAAUGUUGUUGGCUUGAUGGAAUCCAAGCGGGUGGCAGAGUGAUGGUCUAAGGACUCGCAGUCCCGGAGGUGCUUGCGCGUGGAAUGUUGCGCUGGUCGGUGCACCUAGAAGGAGGGCCGCGGAGAGUCAACCAUGCUGCUGUGGCGGUGGGGCACAAGGUGUACUCCUUUGGAGGCUACUGCUCCGGGGAGGACUACGAGACACUCCGUCAGAUUGAUGUGCAUGUCUUCAACACAGUGUCUUUGCGCUGGAUGAAGUUGCCUCCACUGAGGACAGGAGGACAUGAACGUGUCCGUGAAGUGCCAUAUAUGCGUUAUGGCCACACAGCUGUGCUAUUGGAUGAUAUUAUCUACCUCUGGGGUGGGCGUAAUGACACAGAGGGGGCCUGCAAUGUGCUUUAUGCCUUUGAUGUCAACACCCACAGAUGGUUCACACCCAAGAUUUCGGGUACUGUUCCGGGGGCAAGGGAUGGCCACUCGUCCUGUGUCUUGGGGAAGGCAAUGUAUAUAUUUGGAGGAUAUGAGCAGCUGGCGGACUGCUUCUCCAAUGACAUCCACAAGCUGGACACCACGACCAUGGUUUGGUCAUUAAUUAAUGCCAGGGGCACCCCGGCACGCUGGAGGGACUUCCACUCAGCCACCAUCAUCGGGACAAAGAUGUUUGUGUUUGGAGGGCGAGCCGACCGCUUUGGUCCUUUCCAUUCCAACAACGAGAUCUACUGCAACAAGAUCAAAGUGUUUGACGCAGAGACCAACUGCUGGCUGAGCACCCCUUCAACACAGCCAUUGCCAGAGGGACGCAGGAGUCACUCAGCCUUUUCCUACAAUGGGGAGCUGUAUAUAUUUGGCGGAUACAAUGCACGUAUGGACCGGCACUUCAACGACCUCUGGAAAUUCAAUCCAGAAGCCUUUUCCUGGAAGAAGGUUGAACCGAAAGGGAAAGGCCCAUGUCCACGGAGACGACAGUGCUGUUGUAUAGUUGGAGAACGAAUUGUCCUCUUUGGAGGAACCAGCCCCUGUCCAGAGCAAGGAAUGGGUGAUGAAUUUAACCUCAUGGAUCAUUCAGACCUGUAUAUCUUAGACUUCAGCCCUAAUUUGAAGACGUUAUGCAAAAUAGCUGUUAUUCAGUACAGUCUGGAGCAGUCAGGACUCCCACAUGAUAUCAGGUGGGAACUGGCAGCCAUGACCACCAACAGCAACAUCAGCAGGCCCAUCUUCUCCUCCCAUGGCUGACACGGCACAAUGGGAAGCAGAACUAGGACUGAGGACACUGAGCUUUUAUCUUUCUAAUCAACUGAGCUCUAAAAGACUGUUUUUUGUGAAGUUUGGAUCCGUAUGGGAUACAUUUUACGCAUUCUUCAAGUGAAAACUCAUUACUGACCAAAACAAUCUCCGUAUGACUUCCUUGGACACCACGAAGCCCUCUCAUGUAUAAGGAUAUUUUAAACCGUGAGACACUGGUUACAUGUGACAGAAAAAAUGGACUCCUGUUCACAUUUUUGUCUUCUUUCUAGCCUCUCUAGAAAUCCAAUCAGCCUAUGAUAAUCAUAGACUUCUAAUUUUAA